AUGAACGGAUGCUUAAAUAAAGGUUCUUGUAUUUUUGACCAAGAAAAGGAAACUUUUGCUUGUUCAUGCAAACAGCCAUGGGGAGGAGAAAGAUGCGAACUGGGUAAGCCUAUACUAUGUAAUUUUAUUCACAGCGAGAUCGUUAUUUGUUUUUCAUUAUCAUUUAGAAAUUUAUACUGGUAUGGCAAUAUUUCUUUACAGUUUAAGCGGUUAUAUGUCUAUAUUACAAUUAAUUUGACUAGUAGUAAUAGUAGUAGCAGCAGUAGUACUAGUAGUAGUAGUAGGUAGCAAUUGUUGUUGUUCAAAAUAGCUCAUAUGUCAGUGGUUUGAGCGUAUGACUUGUAUCUUUGUGGCUUUGUGUGUUCGGAUUUCUAUUGCAGGAGCCAAUAAGGUUGAGGUACUAUGAGUUGAAGAGUAGGAACCAAUGAGGUUUUGGCAUCUAACAUGACAUUCACCCGGCUUAAGGUCAAACAAGGGCACUUUGAGACCGCCAUCUUGAUUCUUCACAAUUUUUUCGCCUUUUAUUACGGCUAAAGGUGUUUAGAAGCAUAUCAUUGAAAUAUCCUUAUGAUUCAAACGCUGAGUACAGUGAUGGAGCUGUUGAAGGGUGCAUAUUUUAGUGCGGGUGCUGCUUCAAGACAUUUCUGGCCUAAUUCGGCUAACACGAACGGUACAACGCACGUAUGUCAUAAUGUAUGAGUUCUGUUUCACCUGCUUAAAGGUUGAGUGUAAAAGAUCAUAUAUUUUUCAAAGUUCCUCCAAUGAAACGAUAAUUGAAAUUUAGAUAGGGAAAUUUAGAUAAAUUGUCGUUUUAGAAGUUCGAAAGGCAGGGCGAGUAUCGUUAAUCCUUUUUUCUCUCGGUUACAAAGUUCAACAGACCUUUUUCGUACCGGGAAAAAAACCAUGAAUUAGGUGAACAACGUGAAACAAGCUUGCUGCUUAAGAGUCAUUAUAGUUAUUGAAAAGUAAUUUAUUUAGUAAAGUUGCGUAAUUUAAGUAGAUACAGUAACGUCAGGGAAUUAAAUGGGAAGAAGCUGGCUGACAAAAUAAUUACAUUUGUUUGCAUAGCCUGAUGUAAACACGAGAGGGGUUGGGAGAAUUCGAGACAAAUAUGCAAACCCGAGACGAAGUCGAGGGUUUGCAUAACUGUCGAGAAUUCUCCCAAUCCCUCGAGUGUUUAUAUCAGGCUAUUUAAACCACAGGCAAAAAGUGUUCUAUUGCUUUUAAAAAUAACUCUCCCGAGAAAAAACGCAAACUGUUUGUUACGGUCCUGAUUAAAAGAGAAAUUCUUACCAGUCGCAAAGUCUUAUGCACUAGUAGUCAGUUCUUGUUUUGCAAAAAGAUGCUUUCCAAAAUACGGAUUUUUUUCGCUUAAAAUGUCAACUUAAGCGAAAAAAAAAAUUGACACACCUCCUUUGGAACGAUUUUCCAAGUUUGACCCGACGAAGGAAUGGGUAAGUAAAGUAAACUUGUCGUUGAGCUUGAAAACUUUUUCAAAUGUGUGCUUGCGUGAUUAGCGCGCGAAAAGCAAAACAUCUUGACGCCACAACCAUGUUUACAUACUCUCUUGCAAACAAUCCUCUCGGCCAAUCAGAGCGCACGUACUAUCUUAGUUAUUUUAUAAAUUGUUCUAUUGAGUGGAAUAACACGAUAUGAGUAGAACCGAAUGUAUUUCGGCAGUUUGACAAUUUUCUUGGAAGGAAAAUCAACCUUAACGUUGCGUAAAGCAUUCUUUAAUUGCAGAUAUUGUAAAGCCGAGAAGAUUUCUUAAAAUCGUUUGAGCAAAUUUUGAAGUAAACAAUUUGCGUUAUUGUACGUACGAAUUGUAAAAUUGAAAGGGAUAAAGUCCAACACCCUCACGUGUAAAUUGUGUACUUGAGUUAUUUUUAUAAUCCUGUUUGCUGAAUUACUGCGUGAUAACUCGAAUUCCCUCAAGUACGAGCCACGAAGGGGGGCAAAGUCCGACACUUUCACGUGCAAACUGUGUGAUUCUACAUUUCAUGCUGGCUUCUCACAGUAAUGAUAGUAAACUUGAACGUAUAAAGAGAUCUUUAGCUUUGUAACUGGUGCCUAAGCGAAGGUUCUUUUCUUUUAACAAGCAAUAACUUACAACACUUUUAGAAUUAAGUCGUCAGACUCAAAGACUGUUCAAUUAAAGUCCAAUCGAACGUGACAAUCUCUUGAAUAAUGAUGAUUCAACCAUCUACAACAAUGAUGAAAAUUGUGGCAUUUCUUAGCUUUUCGGUAUUCGAUGAGCUUCAUUAUUUUAAGAAACCAUGAAGAAACCUUGAAACAUUCGAGUCUUCCCUCUAUUAAAGCAACGUUUGGUGAGUUGAUAUUCAUAGUACUUUAAAAAAGACAGAAAAGUGAAUCUGUAGUAUGAAGAUCGAUUCAGCUAUGCGCAGCGGUUCUCGUUUUCUUUAAUGUGCCGCUAUUAUAUACCCAAUUUCGCACAAAACAUAGCAGUUUAUCUAGGAUUAAAAGAGUAGAUUGCCGAUACUGUUACACUGAAGCAUUCAAAAUAGCUCAUGCACGUAAAACGUGCCUAUGUUUUUAGUUUGUUGUUGUUGUACAGUGAUUGUUUCAUGUCAGUUGUCUUAGGUUCCUGUUUUAAAAGUUUCAGUUUAAAGGUUCCCUUUUGUCCUAUAUAUUCUUAAAAGCUAAUAGUCUUUAUUAUAAGUUUAGCUCUUUUGCGACCAAAAAACUCUUCUACAUCAUUAAAAUUUCGCUUCAAUCACAGAGGACGUGACAACUAUAAAGAUUUGCUAACGACAUGUCAUUAUAUUUCACACAUUUAUCUCUGAAUUAGCUGCAACAGAAAAAUCGAUCUUGCAAACGGUUAUUAUUAGCUUUUUUAAAAGCCGCGCGAGGGGAAGUCCUUUUCUCCCUUUGCGCGCGAGAUAUUACUUGAGAAAUUUCCCUUCCAACCUUAAAGAAACCGGCCCAUGCAACCCAGGUUUCGCUGACCUCGAUUGAGCUUAGAAAGUAACUAUAUCACAAAAGUUGGCAGAGAUCGAGGCUAACAUAAUACUGAUAAUAUAAACAGUGAGCAACCUAUGACAUUGCGGUGCAUUCCAAUCUUUUUCCAAAAGUGUUUUAUUAUUUUUGUUCAGUUCAACACUCGUCAUGUGAAGCUGUUACAACAGAUGGAAUAUACCAGCUAAAAGUGAAAUCGCUACAAUUUGAGGUAAGCUUUAUUAGAGGCUAUUGACUUUUUCAUGAUUACCGAUCAGUGUGGUUCUCACUGUUAAAUCUCUGAUUUUGAGUGCGUAAGCAAACUCUUUCAAGCGUACAUAAAGCGAUGGUGCAUCUUGACCACGUGACACAGACAGCCUUGAUAUUUCAGUACACAAUUCAGGUCUGCUUUCAUAUCAAAAGAUUAUUUCCUAGGGAAAAAAACCGGGGGGUACUCAAUAAAGUUUUAUACGUGGAGGCUCCGCCCCGAGGUCCAACCCUUUUCCCUUUUUACCCACCAUUUUCUACAGAAAAGGUCCCCCUUUCAUAUACCUUAUAAUGACAAAUGGUACCCCUUUCACAGACCAGUUUUUGCAAUUUUGCAUCCCUUUUAACUUUUAAAGGCAAUGUAUUUUAAAUGAUUAAUUCUCAAGACCAGAAUGUUUCCCUGAUUGUCUUACAACGAUAAAAUGCAUUUGUUUCCUCUUUUGGGCCUCUCAUUAACUGAAAUAACAGAUUCCCCACCCUGAGGCCUGUAAUAGGUACCCUUUACUGGAGGAGGAGCUUCCCCGUAUAGGCCAUUGUAGGGAAUAUGCCCCGGAAAAAAAUUAAUAGAUAAAAAUUAACUCUUUAUCUGCAGGUCUAUUGUGACGUCACAGCCAAAGGUAAACCAUGGACUCUUAUUGCAAGAUUUUCUAACUUUGAUAAAGUGUCCUGGAUAAAUGAUGAUAGACUUUGGUGGUAUGACCAAAACGUUACCAUAGGAACAACAAGCGAUCCUUCAAAUAAUACGGACAUGAUCUCACCAGCUUUCUGGUUGGUAAGCGGCAGCGAGUUUAGGAUCACGCGCAGUGAUGAUUCCAGUCAUACACCACUGUUGCAGACCACAGAGAACUGUUUGGGUAGAAAAACAUUUCGAUCGAAAACCACAAGUUAUGGCGACUUUAGAAACGGCAAAAUUUGGUCCAGACGUACAGCUCGGUGCCUAGGAAGCUGCACGGUUCAAUAUGACGGUCAGUAUAAGACAACAGACGGGUUUCAACAGGCUGAGUGUCGUGGCAACAUCCAAGGCAGCAACAAGAUCGGCUUCUGGUGUAGUUAUGGACCUCGAACUCCAGUAUACGUAUUUAAAUCUAUCAUGAUGAUUGGUGGAGGAGGUUCAGGCUGUGCACAUGCUGAUCACGGAAUUGGAAUAACUGCGAUAAACAAACUUUCUAGAACUAAAUAUAAAUAUGACUUUGGAAAUACCGCUAAUCCAUCAUACAAGCCGACACCAUCACAAUCUUACUCAUUAAACUUAUGGAUCCGCUGA